GGGAAUGUAGUUUUCCGGUUAUUCGACGCCUUACCUUUCCUCCCCCCCUUUCUCCUUUUGGUCGCCCAGGGUCACGACAAACGCCAGAGAAGAUGGCGCGGCCCUUCGCGCACAAGGCGGGGGUGUCGUUAAAGUGGGUGAAGAGCAUCUCCGUCCGCUUCUGCCCUUUCGAGUCCAACGUGGAAAGCACCAGACAUUUUCUUGAAUGCGUGUUUGCAAGGAAAGCCUACAAAACCAACAUGAACUGUGAUGUGAAAACAGAAGUAAGGCAUGAUGGAUCUGAACCCAUAAUAGACGUCACAUUUGUUGAUGGAGAAAAGCUGAUUAUGAAAGCAGCUAACUUAACAAUCCGUGACAUGUUAGAUGUGUUCAAGUCAAAAUGUGAACUCAGAGAUCUUAAGUCAUAAGAGAAAUUUGGAAAAGAGAGUUUUUGAAAGCUGGUGAAUGAAGAGAGCAUAUAAAACAGGCAACCAACGUCUUCAUUCAGAAUGGCAAAGCCUUUAUCAACAACUGAAAUAAAUGUGUGGUGUAUAUGGAAAGAAGCCAGACUGCUUUUGAGAAAUAAUUGAAUGCUUUUUUUAUUUUUUUUUUAAAUAAAAUACAGAAUUCUAAUGGC